GAUAAAAGUCAGCAUAUGCUGUCAUUGCUGCAGAGAUGAUGCUGCUGUUUUGGACCAUGGAGAUGAUUUUUCCUUAUUCCAGCUCAGGAAAUGCAUGUACAAACCAAGAAGAGCUCCACACCACAGCAAAAAAGCGUUAUCUACUACUGGUGUUAAUCAUCAGUACCGGUGUCCUCGACAUGCUCUUAGUCAUAACAUUCAUCAUACUCAUCGUCCAGAGGGAUGCACACAUCAUUGAUCUACAUCAAAAACCAUACAGGAAACACUGCUUGUUGUCUGAACUGGUGUGUAAGUACGCGGAGUGUGUGAGAAACAGAGACUUUAUGCUGUUAGUGCUGCAGAGAUGAUACGACUUUGUUUGGCCAUAUUAUUAAUUUGUUAUUAUUGCUAUUCAGAGAGCACUAUAUUCAUCACAGAGCCUGGUGAGAGCAUUACUUUGAAGUGUUCCUCAGAAGAAUGUCCCCAAAACAAUGGCCAAUAUGCUGGGAUGUAUCUGUAUCAUAGGUUUACUGAACAAAAUGAGGUGUAUUUCUAUAGCAACCAUGUUAACAGCAAAGUUACUGUGCGAUCGAGAUACAAAGGCAGGAUUGAGUCAAACGGAGCUCCCAUGAACCACAGCAUCACCAUGACCAAUCUGACUGUGAAUGAUUCUGGUGUCUACACUUGUGUCUACACAGAAUCAGUAGACAAAAGUGUUGAGUGCAAAGUCUACACGGUUUUUGUAAGAGCGGUACAGGUAGUGGAGAACUGUUCCUGUGAAACUACCCCUAUGAUACAUCCCACGACAUAUCCUGGACAAGAUGACCAGCACAUCUUGGUGUUCAUCAUCAGCAUCUGUGUCCUCGGCAUGCUGUUAAUCGUAGUCUUCAUCCUAUUGAUCAUUCAAAGGGUGAAACAAAAGCGUAGCAGCAAAAUAAGACCAAGACGUUCGAUGCAAGAAUCCAGUGACGUGUACGAAGUCAUGACCAAGAGUGACCUCUCCCCUGUCUCAGAGCACUCUUCUGAAAGUCCCUAUGAGUUUGAUUAGCAAUGCAGUCAAAUGUUAUUGGCUCACUGAAGUCUCAUGAAGUCAUUUCAAUCACAGGUCAAAAUGUCAAACAUUUGUUUUCUUUUUACACUUUUUAAACACUGGUUAAUUGAAACCACUUGAAUUAUUUCAAAUCAUUCUUAGUACUGAUCAGCAUUAUUUUCACUGUUACAUUUCAUUGUAUAGUAUUGGUCUAUAUUUGAAUAAUGAA